AUGAACCGCACCGUGUUGCUGGCCGUUCUGGUCGUCUGCGUGCAAGUGUUACGCGCACAGAAGGAAGAUUCGGUAGUGCCGGAGGUGCGUGUUAUCGUGUCGCAUCUUUGCCACUUUAAAAAGCCACUGCAGGAUCCGACCGAUAUUGAUGGCGAUCAGUACUGCGAUUGCGAUGUGCACAACUUGCCUACGGGUCUUCCGGAGGUAACGAUCGACUGUAGAAAGCAUCAGCUGGGGGAUGACUUCUGGCAGGAUUAUGAACAGUUACCCCAGGGCACAACCCAUCUGGACCUAUCCCUUAACGGGCUGUCGCUCGUGCCGCGCCUUAGUGGGGAGAAGCUCGUCUAUCUAAACAUCGGCCACAAUCAGAUAGCGGCAAUCCCCGAUAAGGUGUUCGCCAAUGUGUCGCUGCUAGAGGAGUUGGAUCUAAGCAGCAAUCGCAUCGAAACACUUACCACCGAUGCGUUGGCCGGACUGGCCAACCUCAAGACGAUCGAUUUGAGUGGCAAUCGGCUCGGUUCGAUCGAGGUGAACGCAUUCUCGAACGCACUCCAGCUGAACGUGCUCAUCCUUUCGAACAACUCGCUCGGUACGUUCUUCAAUCGAACCGAGUCGGACCUUUACCUCCGACUCGGGGUCACCAACAGGCUGGCGGUGUUGAAGAUGGAACGCUGUAACCUCACCGACAUCAACCUCUCCAGUGGCGUUGGUCUCGAGCAAGCCCUGCUCGGUUACAACCAGCUGCAGCAGCUCACCAGGCUGCCCAAACAGCUCACCUACCUGGACCUCAGCGGCACUCCGAUCCGAAGCAUUCCCGCCAAGUUCCUGCCCCAUCUGCUGCAUCUCCAGUCGCUCAUCCUGCGGGACAUGCCCAUCCUCUACACGCUGGAACAGUACGCGCUCUACGGGUUGCCGCGCUUGGCCUACCUGGACCUCCGGGGAUCCCGCAACCUUUCCACCAUCCAUCCGCACGUCUUCGGCCAGAACGUUGUGCGCAACGAAACGGACACGGUACUCCAGCGUCUCAUCCUGAAGGGCACCAACAUCCGCACGCUCAACUCCACGCUGCGGUUUGCGUUCGAGAAUCUGCGCGUGCUGGACAUCCGCGGUGCACCGUUGCGCUGUGACUGUCAGUUGCGUUGGUUGCGGGAACUUCCGCUCCUGCGAACGACCGGCAGCUGUGCCAAACCGAACGCACUGCGUGCGACCAUCUUCGGCAACGUGCAGCCGAACCAGUUCCAGUGCCGUGCGGAACAGUUCUGGAUCUACACCGUGUUCAACGUGCUGUUGGCGAUUCUGCUGAUUGUGCUCGUGUCGAUCGGUAUCUUCCUGAUCGUGAGGGCUAUCCGGCCAAAGCCACACGUCCAGUUGCGGAUGGUCGGUGCCACGAGUCCGUAUGCGCGCGUAACGAUCGAACCGAACCGGGCAGAGGUGUUGUAG